ACACAAACGUAUAUAUGAGACACGUGUCCGUAUGAGAUAUUUCGUAAAAACGUAUCUGUCAUUUUAUACGUCCACGAGAGCGAGAAUGAUCGAGAAUGAUUCCACCGAUUGAAUCGUUCAAAGACGAAGAAAACUCACGUAAUGAAUAAAAUAGAUUGUCACAUGAUGACUAUUCUUGCUGCAGGAUGAUUUGACUGGUGUGAUCUUGUAUUGCGUCUUUGACUAAACAAUGAGAAUGUCAACAAACAAUUGGGACUCGUACUGAGAAAGUGUGGACUUUUGUCUGCACGGAAUAAAACAAUCGUGUGAUGAUCACGUAAAUGACGUGGGACCAUAGAAUCUGUUGACUUGUUGAGUGAAAUGUAAAUCGGCGUGUGAAAUCAUAAAUCGUCUGAUUGCAUCGGAAGAAACUCAUGCAUAUGAAUAUAUUUUGUGAUGGAAACUGCAUAAAGAUCCUUCACGAUGCAGAGGUGGAUGACAAGUCAGCAAGUAGUGCUUGCUAUCCUGGGGAUGCUUGCGUUUGCCUCAGGACAGCAGGUGGUAAAUAAUCGUAAUACCGAAUUGGUAGCGGAACAAGAUGAUGCUUUCUUAUUACUUUCCACUCUUGGAGGAUCGCUUGUAGCUGUUGGACAGCGAUCUGGGAAAAUACGAUGGCAACUAGAUGACGAACCAAUAGUUAAAGUGCCUAUCAACCUGUCGGAAACUAAAAUGCCAAUGUUUCUGCCAGGCCCUAGAGAUGGUUCUCUUUAUCUGUUUGGUAGAGAUCCCGAGGCAUUAAAACGACUGCCAUACACCAUACCACAGCUGGUGGCGAACAGUCCUUGCAGAAGCAGCGAUGGCAUAUUGUAUACUGGGAGAAAGGUCGAUACCUGGUUCAGCAUUGACCCAACGACUGGCAAGAGGGAACAGCUUCUGAGUUUUAAUGACGCGAAAAACACCUGUCCCUUAGACGUGCAAAAUACCAUUUUUGUUGGUCGCACAGAGUACAACAUUAUCAUGGUUGAUAGUAAGCAUAAAGACAGAAAGUGGAACGUGACGUUCUAUGAUUAUUCUGCUGAACAGAUGGAGUCUGACAUGAUAGACAAUUAUGACCUGGCACACUUCACCGCAAGUUCCACUGGCCGUGUAGUAACGCUAGACAGGAGAGGAGGCCGAGUUCUUUGGGACUUAAACCUGAAAAGUCCAGUGAUAGCAAUGUACAUUGUAACCAAAGACGGAUUAUUGACGAUUCCUUUCAAGAGUAUCGCUGACUCGUUGUUGGAAACGUUCGUAACCGAGCUGACGGAUGAAGCUGAUCUCUACUCCAAGUGGUUCCCAACUUUGUAUAUUGGACAGCAUCGGUACGGCCUCUAUGCGUUGCCGUCAUACGUCGAGUCGGAGUCAACGACAAUAUCGAGCAGCGAAGAGCAUUUAUUGCUUGGCGGGCCGUCGCAUGUAGAUGUAGAUGAUAAUAACAUUCUGUUGUUAGAGAACCACGGUUUCGUUGGUACGGACGUAACCGAAGCGCGGGAUGACUGCAAAGUAAAAAAUAUCAUUAUGUUAGGACAUUACAAAGUACCGAUGGAGUAUAAGCAGUAUCAGCCGCUGCAUCAGCCUCUUCAAAUAACUGGACGAUCUGACCCAAUAAUUCUGGACACUCCGACGUUGAAUGUCACCGAGACCACGUUGGUCGCUAUGCAGGCGGACGAUAUCGUGUCAAACGAUACCGUGCAAUCAGAAAGCAAACGCAGUUGGCAGAAGUUUAUAUCGAAGACUUAUAGCGCGAGCAAGAUAUGGAUCGAUCAACAGGAAAAUAAAGACCUAAAGUUCACGGUCAUAUUUAUAUGCAUUGUGAUAGUUUACUAUCUGUUUCAGGCCUCGCGCAAGAAUAGUCGCGUGAAUUCUCCUCGCACAUAUUCUCCGAUUGCUGAACCAGAAGACAUCGAUACAGACUUAGUUAAAGUGGGGAAAAUUACAUUUGACGCGCAAGAGGUUCUCGGCAAAGGAUGCGACGGAACAUUUGUGUACAAAGGAGAAUUCGAUGGACGUGACGUGGCUGUGAAACGUUUGAUGAAGGAAUCUUUUACACUCGCGGAUCGAGAAGUUGCCUUGUUGAGGGAAUCAGACGAGCACGCGAAUGUAGUUAGAUACUUUUGUACUGAGCAAGAUCGCACGUUCAAGUACAUUGCUCUGGAGCUGGCGGAAGCCACGUUGCAAGAUUACGUGACGGGCAAGUACGACAGAGAAAAGAUAUCUGUGAAAGAUAUUUUGCAUCAAGCCACGGCCGGUCUGGCGCAUCUACAUUCCUUAGAUAUCGUACACAGGGACAUUAAGCCUCACAAUGUCUUGCUCUCCGUUCCUGGACCGCAAAGAGCAGUACGCGCAAUGAUCUCGGAUUUUGGAUUAUGCAAAAAGCUCCAGCUCGAUCGGGUAUCGUUUUCCUUUUCGAAGGGAUCCGGUCCUAUCGGUACCGACGGCUGGAUAGCGCCGGAAAUAAUGAAUAAAGAAAGAACGACCUGCGCAGUCGAUAUCUUCUCGCUUGGCUGUGUUUUCUAUUAUGUCCUCACCAAUGGCAAGCAUCCCUUCGGCGAUUCGAUAUGGAAGCAACAAAAUAUCCAAAAUAACGAAAAUGUCGAUCUAUCAGCACUUCAAGAACUCUCCCCGAUUGAUAGAGAAUUAGCAUUGUUGCUUGUUAAGGCAAUGAUAUCUAGGAUUCCAGAAGAAAGGCCACCAGCCUCGGCGAUCUCUACCUAUCCAAUUUUCUGGUAUCCACGAAAGAUUAUGAACUUCUUCCAAGACGUCAGCGAUCGAGUGGAAACAGAUCAGUACGAUAGUCCAGCUGUAAUAGCUUUAGAAACUUCUGGUGAAUGUGUAGUACAAGACGAUUGGAAGUCGUGCAUUGAUGAAGAAGUUGCGACUGAUAUGGGCAAGUACAGGUCCUAUCACGGUGAGAGCGUGAGAGACCUACUCAGGGCUUUACGAAACAAGAAACAUCACUACAGAGAAUUAAGUGAGGAGGCACAAAAGAAACUCGGCAGUGUUCCUGACGACUUUGCGAAGUAUUGGUUGACGAAAUUCCCGUGCUUAUUGUGCCACGUAUGGUGCGCGAUGCAGCGUUUCCACGAUGAGCCGAGCUUGGAAAAAUACUACUAUCCGCAAUACACUUUUACGAGCAUUUACAAGGGAGAAGAAGGAACCGUGCGGAUAGAGCGAAUAAUGAAAGAUAAGUCAGUAUCGAAUAAAAGUGCUAAACGAGUAAAGUAUUAUCAGAAUAAAAAGAAAAAGGAAAAAAAACAGGAAGAACAGGAAGAAAAGAAAGUAUCCCCGAUGUGGAUAUUGGCGCCGAAGUAAACUAAUCUAGCACGGUAAGCGAAAAAGGCUUUAUAAGUCUUUUUCUAUUCACGUUAUAUAUAUUUAUGUGUAUUCACGUUAUACAUAUGUAUAUAUGUACUUAUAUAUAACGUGUAAACGUAUGUACAUAUUGUAUCUUUAUUGCGUGGGCAUGUAUGAUUUUUUAAAUCUUUGUACUUUGUAAAGACUUCACCAAAAAAACUCAUUUUUUUAAGUAAUUUUAUCUAGUAUAAAUAUAAGAUAUAAUAGGUAAUUCAAUAAUAAUAUCAAACUAGUGGAACAGUAAUUUUAAGCAAGAUUAAGUAUCAGCAGGAUUAAGUAACUUGUAAAUAAGUAAUAAUUGUGAUGACACAUACAUAUGUAUAAAUAAUAGGCAAAAAUGAUAAAAUAUAUUUUAAAUACGAGGCACGUAUAUUCGUGCUGUUAUAUGUAAAUAAAAAAGAUAUUCUUAAUGUAUAUAGUAUUUAAAUCAGGAUAAUUUAAUAUUAGUAACAAUUAGAUUUGUACAUUUGGUAUUAUGUAUGCUUUAUCGCAUAAUUAAAUAACUAGAUAUGACAUUCGCGAGACAUAUUUAUUAUAAUCUAAUAAAAAUGUCUUUAAUAUUGUUAUGUAAGUGUAUCACAUGAUGUGAAACAAUUUUGGACAUAAAAUUAUGAAAAAUCACUGACAGACUACAUUAUAUAUGAUUCUUUUAACGCUCGUUAUAUAUCCGUGAAUAUCUAAAAAUACGAGACGUGGGAUUUCAAUCCCACGCUUCAAGUGUCUCGUAUGUAUUUAAUUCAUGUGAUAAAGCAUAUAUAUAUAUACUAGGCGUAAGUACUAUAUACACAAAUGACGUGAAGGCACAAAUUCGAGUAAAAUUUUUGCACACAUUGUAAUAUUAGUUGUAACGCAGACUUGCGUAAGUGACUGGUUAUUAUAUUUUUUAAUGACAAAAAUUUAUAUAUAUAUACAUGUAUGUAUAUGUAAAAGGAAGAUGUAUAAAGACAUAGCGUAAGGCGUAGCGUAACAAAGAGAAAAUAUUGUAAUAUCAAUGUAAUACUUUUUACAAACAAUGCAACAAUAGACGGACAUGCAUUUUGUCCAAUUGAAUUCUCUAA